UGGCGACUUGUUAUCUCUGGGAGGACUUUAGUAACAAUUCCGAUUCCGAAGAAGAUCUUUUGAACAUUAGCUUUAUUUUUAUAGAGAUCAUAAUGAUUUUGUUAUAAAGUUUUAUUUAAUCAAAGUUUCUAAGAAUGGCGUCACGCAUCACAGCUUCUGCUACAGUCCGAGCUGUUAAAGAAAAUAAAAGUUUGCCAGCUCGUGCAGCUCUGGUGCUUACCCAAAAAGCUGUUGAAAAAAUUAAAAAAAUUUUAUAUAAUAAAACAGAUUGUAUUGGUUUGAAAAUAAGCGUUCGUCAAAGAGGCUGUAACGGGCUUAGCUAUGUUUUAGAUUAUGCGACUGAAAAGAGUAAAUUAGAUGAAGAAGUUGUUCAAGAUGGAGUCAGAGUUAUUAUUGAUAGGAAAGCCCAACUUUCGUUAUUAGGAACAGAAAUGGACUACAUAGAAGGAAAAUUAAGUUCUGAGUUUAUAUUUAACAAUCCAAAUAUUAAAGGGACUUGUGGCUGUGGAGAAAGUUUUUCUGUGUAAUGAAGUUUGAUUCUUUUUUUUUUUUUUUUCGUAUUGUAACUAUAUCGAUAGAUAGUUAAUUUGGAAUAUAAUAAACAUCAAAGUAUAUAUUACUGUUUAAACUUAACUAAUGUAUAGAUAUCAAAAAUAUGCAAGUGUCGAUAAUAGUAGAAAAUUUUUAAUUUAUUGUCUAUGUAUAUUGAAGUAAAUCUAGAUAGAUCUAAUUAUCACAAGUCUGAGAAAUUUAAAUUUUGAGAAGGGUGAAUUAUAAGGUUACCACUAGUCUGAUUCCUCAAUUUAGAUACGUUAAAAAUUUGUAUCUGAAAAAUUUUCAUCACGUCAUGUAUGGUAGAUCUCAAAAUAAAUUUUGUUUGUGAAAAGAA